CCUUUCAGAACACCUAUUCACUAACGGUCACACUUUCACCAAGUCAGCUGAAGAAUAAAAUUUAAAAGUUUAUCAAAACUAAAGCCUCGAAAAGAAUGCUAGCAUUCUGACCCUCGUGUUAGCACAAGGAUAAAAUCCUAGUUCCUGUUUCUAGAUUCCAAAUUUCAGUACUGCAGAUUCCUGUUUAAAGUCAUGGUUCGUGUCCUGUUCCUUCACCCGGAUUUGGGGAUCGGAGGAGCUGAGCGACUAGUAGUGGAUGCCGCUCUGGCCCUUAAAGAGCGGGGUCAUCAGGUCAGCUUCUUGACCAAUCACCACGACAGCACGCACUGCUUCAAGGAGACGGCGGAUGGGAGCUUUCCGGUUCAAGUUGUCGGCGACUGGCUGCCACGCAGGCUCUUCGGAAGAUUUUACGCCAUCUGCGCCUACCUGCGAAUGCUCUAUGCGGCGAUCUACGCCAGCUUCUUCAUGCCGCAGCGGGAGCAGGUGGAUGUGGUGGUCUGCGACCUGAUCUCCGUGUGCAUUCCUGUUCUCCGGCUGGCCCGUCAUCGUCCACGUGUCCUUUUCUACUGCCACUUUCCGGAUCAGCUUCUCAGCGCGCGCGAGGGUCUCCUAAAGCGCCUGUACCGGCUGCCCAUCAACUGGCUGGAGGAGCACACCAUCGGUCUGGCGGACAAGGUGCUGGUGAAUUCCAAGUUUACGCUGCGCGUAUUCCAGGACACUUUCCGACGGCUGAAAACGGUUCCGGAUGUGCUGUAUCCCUCGCUGCACACCCAGUACUUUGAUCAGAUGGAGAAGAAGCUGGAGCAGCGUUCUGCUUUGUUGGAUGAGCCUGUCCACCCGAGGGUGCCACGCAACGCAUUCAUCUACCUGGACAUCAAUCGGUAUGAGCGGAAGAAGAACCACGCCCUGGCUUUGCAUUCCCUGCGUCUUCUGGGCGACAUGCUGCCCGCCAUGGACUUCAAACAAUGUCGUUUAAUAAUCGCCGGAGGCUACGACACCCGCUGCAUGGAGAAUGUCGAGCAUUUCGCGGAGCUGGAGCAGCUAACGGAGGAGCUGAAGUUGCAGGAUCAUGUGGUCCUGCUGCGCUCGCCGACGGACGAGGAGAAGUGUCGCCUGCUCUUCGCCGCCCACUGUCUGCUGUACACGCCCGAAAACGAACACUUUGGCAUUGUUCCGCUGGAGGGCAUGUACUGUUCCAAACCAGUGAUUGCCUUGAAUAGCGGUGGACCCACCGAAACGGUGGUGAACACUUCAACGGGCUUCCUGUGCGAAAAGCAGGAGAAGAGCUUCGGUGGGGCGAUGUACCAGCUUUUCCGGGACGAACCGCUGCGCUUGAAGAUGGGCGACCAGGGUCACAAGCGGGUGCAGCAGAAAUUCUCCUUCCAGGCCUUUGCAGAUCGGCUAAAUGGCAUUGUCCAGGAGCUGGUUCCCAUUCCAAAGCAAUCGAGUAACAAGAAAACUGAAUAAAAUUCCAGUUAAAAAGGC